AUGGUCUAUCAGAUACGUUGUGCCUUUUAUAAAAACGAACUGUUGUUCUUUCCACUCUGUCCUUUCUUUAGCUCACCUGCUAUCCUGCUUUCCAGAGCGGCCACCAUGGCAGGGGUCACUGCUCACAAGAUCAGUAAACACAUCACCUUCUUCGCCAAUGGUGUCGCUGGGACUCCCACGGCUAGUGUUUUACCUGCUCACCCUAAACCGAUACUGCUGUUGCUGCCAUCGCUGGGCUCCAGGCCGCAGGCCAUUGCCAAAUACUGUGAGAUUUACUUUCGCAUGGGCUUUGAUGUGCUCGUAGUGGAAAGUGAGGUGAGCCAGUUCUUGUGGCCUCGCUGGGGGUUGGAGUAUGGUGGUCGUGUGCUGGAAUUAUUAGAGAGCGAGCGCUUCUCACAGCGCCCUCUACUGGUCCAUGCUUUCUCCAUAGGGGGAUAUACCUUUGCUCAGGUGCUUGUUCAUGUGGCCAAAGACACCCAGCGUUACCAAGGCCUGACAAACAGAAUCAGGGGGCACAUCUAUGACAGCCUUGUCAUGGGAUCGCUGGAGCAUAUGGCCAACGGCCUGGGUAAAACUAUAUUGCCCCGGAUGGAAGGUCUCGUGAAGUCGGCUAGCCUUCUGUACUUCCGUGUCUUUAAACACCAGACGGUUGACUACUUCAAUUCAUCGAUCAGUGUUUUCUGGAACACUCCUGUGAUGGCGCCUGCUCUUUUCUUCUACUCUGAGAACGAUGCACUGUGUGAUUGCAAGAGCUUGGAGAAGAUGGUGGAGUUCUGGAGGAGCCGCGGCCAAACUGUGGAGAGCAAGAAGUGGAAGGAGUCUGUUCAUGCAGGUCAUCUGCGCACACACCCUCAGGAUUAUCUGUCCACGCUGGAGUACUUUGUGCAGUCUCUCAACAUGGUGCCUCUGAAGGCCAAAAUGUGAAUUUUGAAGGCUGUCAUCCGUCUCAUUAAAACAUCCAAGUUGCCUGAAGUGCCUGAUUUUAUUAUUACAUUGACAUUUUCAUGCUCUUUGUUCAAGUGGUAACUUUGGUCUUGCAAAAUCUGACUGUUUCUCAAACUUCUUCAGUCUGUUGAAAUAUUUAUGUAACUACAUGAAACCCUUUUCAUUCAAAAAUUCAUACCCAGUCCAAAAGAAGAAUCUGAGCUCCUUUUGAAGACUGUAGCACUGUUAUGUUAGGGACGUGCAAUACUUCAGUUAGGUUUAUUGCACUACAAUGUGAAGCUCUUGUACUUUGUCCAACAUCUGUUCGGACCUCAAAAUGACUUGACAUACAAAACUCUGUAUCAUUAUUUUGUUGUAGAUAUUUUUUUGCUAAACCGUAAGCACUUGAAUAACACUUAAACGUUUUUUUUCCCGACCUUUUGUUAAUAGUGAAUUAUAGUUUAUAUGA